AGGAAGGAGGACAAACACUGUACAAGCCAUUUUAAUCCAAGCGGCGAAGAACUGCAUGAUGUUCUCAGCUAUCUGUAACAGAGCUGUAUGAGGUAGUAAGUCUUCAAUUAUAACAUACUUUGGCCAUGAAACAUAUUAGUCAACAAAAUAAAAGAUGCUCAUUGUGGCAUACAGAUAUCAUGGAAUCCAGUGAAGAACAGUCAAGAUGAUCAAGUGCCAAGGUCAACAGAGCAGAUUUUAUAUUAUUUCACCUGCAACAAAGAUUCAGUGCACCAUAUCAAGCCCUAUCAUUAACUGACAAAUGCUCUAAUUAUUAGAUGAGGGCAGAGCAAUCAAGAUUUAGCAGGAGGGUAGGGGGAGGUCUAAGCUGGGCAAUUAGGAAAAGCAAUCUUUGCUCCCUGAGGUGGAUAGAGAGAGAGAGAGCGGUGAGUAUUAGCACAGCGCAUGUCUCUUUAAAUGAAGGGAGAGAGAGCAUGUGAAAGGGGGAGGGGGAGUUGGCUGCGUUGGAACAGUCCACCUCUAAUGAGCAGAUUUGAGAGACACCAGUGUAAGAGAGAGAGAGGGAGAGACAUUCAAGCAUAUGGGGGAAUAAGAUGACGACGAAGAAAAUGACCAUAAGCGUCACAUGAAAAUCAUUCCAACAACAUGAUUGAGUCAAGGAGGAACAGAAGAAGGUAAAUCGGGGACAAUGAAUCUGGUUUUCCCACCUGCAAGCAAACCGGAGCACAGGAUUUUUAUACAGACCUGAAAAAACAGCUGAGAGGAAAGCAGAGACAACGACAAAACAGUGCCCAGAUAAGGAAUUAAUCACAUCAGUUUGUUUGCGAUCAAUCGGUGCGCUCUUCCUGUGCUAGCGAGAGCGUGCGUAUAUAUGUAUGCGAUUGUGCAUGGAUAGAGACUGCAUUGCUGCUAGCUGACAGAGACUAAAGCUUGCAGAAUUCAUCGCUCUUUUUUCUCUUACACUCUGUCUCCCUGUGUGGCAUCAGCAUGUCGGGUGGAUUUGGUAGAACAGUUAGUGAGCUCCUGGCAGAAAGGAUGCAAUUGUAAAUGCUACCUGCCUGCUUCAUUCAUCGGCCAUCACUCUGAGGACUCACAGGUUUCUAGGUGGAGCCUGGUGGUCUCAACAACUGGGAGGGGAAGUGAAACAGCUCAAAGCCCCAGAGAGGGAGAGCGGGAGUGAGGGUAGGUGUGUUGGCACAGGGGCCCUCAGUGGAGGCAGGAACGAGGAGGGGGCCAGAAUACCAGUACCGAGAGAAUUGUCUCUGCGUUGCUAAUGACAGAACAAGGCGCGCAUGGCUGGCGUGGGCCCACUUUCAUCACUAAGAAGAAACUGCAGGAAAGCAACUCAUGAAUAAAAAGCUCCACUCCUGGUGAAGGAUGGUCUGAGAGGGCUCAAGCUGCUCCUGCCCAGUUUGACAGGAGAGGACUACUGCCCAGGGGGGCUCCUCAAUUUUUCUUUCAACUUUUUGCAUUUUUUAAAGCAAUUAAAAGGAGCAUAUACGGGUCUUUUCCUUCCCCAGCUUUUCAACAACACCCUAGCCCCAUUUCCAAGUCUGAUUUUGUUUGGGUCUUUCUUCCUUUUCUUUUUCUUUUCUUUUUGAGAUUUGGGAUAUUUGCCAAAACCUAUUUCAUGCAUGUCCACUGGGGGCAGGUUCAACUUUGAUGAUGGGGGAUCAUACUGUGGAGGGUGGGAAGAGGGAAAGGCCCACGGCCAUGGCAUCUGCACAGGACCUAAGGGCCAAGGCGAGUACGCAGGCUCCUGGAGCCACGGUUUUGAGGUGGUGGGCAUCUAUACCUGGCCCAGUGGGAACACCUAUCAGGGGACUUGGGCACAAGGUAAACGCCAUGGCAUUGGAGUUGAAAACAAGGGCAAGUGGGUUUAUAAAGGUGAGUGGACACAUGGAUUUAAGGGACGCUACGGAGUGCGGGAAAGCACAGGAACCAGCGGCAAAUAUGAGGGUACAUGGAACAAUGGUCUACAGGAUGGAUAUGGAACAGAGACAUACUCUGACGGAGGUACAUUCCAGGGCCAAUGGGUGGGCGGCAUGCGGCAUGGAUACGGUGUACGACAAAGCGUUCCAUACGGCAUGGCAGCCAUCAUUCGUUCACCUUUGCGUACCUCCAUAAACUCUCUACGCUCUGAGCACAGCAAUGGCACAGCUCUGCUGACUGGCGACCGGGCGCCUGUGGCUGGCAUGGGGGGUGGUGGUGUCCUAGCAGCGGGGAGUCCAGCCGUGUCCCGUGGAGGCUUCGUUCUGACGGCCCACAGUGAGGCAGAGCUAUUGAAAAACAAAAAGAAGGGCUUGUUCCGCCGCUCACUCCUGAGUGGUCUCAAGCUGCGAAAAUCUGAGUCCAAGAGCUCAUUAGCCAGCCAGCGGAGCAAGCAGAGUUCCUUCCGCAGUGAGGCCGGAAUGAGUACGGUCAGCUCCGCUGCAUCCGACAUCAACUCAACCAUUAGCUUAGGCGAAGGGGAGGGUGAGCUCGCGGUAGGCGAGGAUGAUGUAGACGCCACUACAACAGAGAGUUAUGCAGGCGAAUGGAAGAAUGACAAGAGGACAGGCUGCGGGGUAAGCCGGCGUUCGGACGGACUGCACUACCAGGGUGAGUGGUUGGGCAACAAGAGGCAUGGCUACGGAUGCACAACCUUUUCUGAUGGCACCAAAGAGGAGGGCAAAUACAAACAGAAUGUUCUUGUCAGUGGCAAACGGAAGAACCUCAUCCCACUACGUGCCAGCAAGAUCCGCGAGAAAGUGGACAGGGCGGUCGAGGCGGCAGAUAAGGCCGCUGACAUAGCGAAGCAGAAGGCAGAAAUCGCACUCUCAAGGACAGUUCACGCCAGAGGGAAAGCUGAUUCUGCGAUGACAGCAGCACAGAAGGCCCAGGAAGAGUGCAGGCUGGCCCGGAUCACCGCCAAAGAGUUCUCCCCCUCUUUUCAGCACCGAGGAAACAGAGUGGAGUGCCAGCGACCCAAACAGCAGAACUCAAGCGAGAACGACAUGGAAGUCAUCUCCAGUGGGACCGCGGAUAGUACUGAGCUCUAUAUGAAGGGAUCCACACCUCCAGACCUUACCCCAGACAUAAGCCCCACUCCCAGCAGACCCUCCACACCUCCCCGAAGCCCAACCACCAAAUCUUCCAAUCGCACCAAAAAUGCCCGCUUUCUGCGACAGACUGCAGUGGAUGAUGAGCGUGGAGGAACGCAAGAGAUUCAGGUGCUUAUGGAGGGAAGAGGUGGUGGUGGUUCGAGUGGAGGUGGAGAGCACCUGAGGGCUAACAGUUGGAGCGAGGACAAGCGCCCCUCCCGUGGGGGCAGUAGUAGAGGUGGUAGUCGGGGCAGCAGCCGCUCCACAACUCCUUCAGUGCAGGACGAGGUACGGGUUGGGGUGGCACGGGCCAAUGGCCACAAGCACUCUUCAAAUCAUAAGCCUCGAGACCACAGCUCAUCCAAUCACAAAACCCAGCGGGAAAGGAGGCCAGACGGACCCUCAUCUUCUUGGACAUCUCAGCGGGUACACAGCGACAGUUUGGCUCAUUCACGUCUCUUAGAGCAGGAUGAGGAAAAACUGAGCAAUUAUGAAAUGGAGAUGAGGCCGUUGCAGCCAAUGGACUCCCUUAACUCCCAAAAGCCCUAUGGGCAUGGGGAAGAGUGGCAUAGUCACUCAGAGCCCCGUGGACAUACAUUACAGCGACGGGGUAAAAAUCGUGACCGGAAGCAGGAUGUCCGGGACACCUCAGGGUCCAGGGAUGCCCAGGAGGGGACGUCUCCAGACUCAAUGCAAAAGUUGGACAGUCUACGAGUGGGGGAAAAGCUAGAGGCUCGGCCUCUUCGCAGGGACCUCACACUCUCACCCCCACAGAAAUCUCCACCUAUUGCACUAGAGCAAGAUGACGAGAAUCAGUCUCAGCUCAAAGUGAACUCGGGCUCCAACUCUAUUCUGGUAGUCAUGGUGAUUUUGCUCAACAUUGGAGUCGCCAUUUUGUUUGUCCAUUUUUUUAUUUAAACUCUGCAUUGCCUAUCAAUUCUUCUUAUAUUAUCAAAUCAAUACUAGUGUCAUCACAACUGAUCUGGUCCCGGACCAUUUUUUUUUUUUUUUUUUUUUAUAAACAAAUGACCAAUGUACUUCUAUUGAAGUUACAGCACGUCAAUACGAGGACCGAGGAAGGCAACAACAAAACUGGGCUCAGCAGUUCCGUCUGCUUUCCUGUCUCCAAAGAGCUCGUUUUGAUUUCUUAAUUUCUUCUUAUUUUUUUUUUUAUCUGAAAUAGUUACAAGCAUCCUUUUGAACUUCUAGUUUUAUCCUAUGUAUUCAUUCACUCAUUAAUGCUGUUAUAAAUAUAUAGACUUGUUUCUCUUUUUUUAUUUCAUAUUUCUUACUUGCCUUUUCUUGACAAUGCUGGUGGCUUUUUUCAGUUUUCGUUUGGGUUUGGUUUGUAUUUGGGUGUUGGAGUAAUUUGAACUGUGGCUUUGGUGAGGGAGGGUGUGCAAGGUGGCCUAAGGGUGAAGGGCGACCACCAUCAACAUCUUUUUGGGUAACGGCAGCAUUACACAGCUAUGACGUCAACAGGUUCAAAGUGAUGGGAAACGGCCCCCGUCUAACCCCACCUGCCUCCCUCGCGCACCUCUCCUAAGCAUUGCUUAUGUUUCUCCAUGUUCUUGUUUUUAUCACUCUUUGGAAUAACACGUCAAGCGCUCCUCUCAUUUCCUGUACACCUCCAUUUUUCUUCUGUGUGGUAUGUCAACUACCAGCAGACUCCAGAAUGUCAUGGUGGGCCUGAAAUGAGAAUUAAAGUCACUUUGUAAUUACAAUGGACCUAAAAUGAGUCUACAUAGCUUUUUGAUGUAUAAACAUCUUCGAAUUUGCCUAAAAAUGUUGCAUAUGUUGAAAAGAAGUCUGCUAAACAAGCACAACCACUCCAAAUUGGGUUAGUUAAAGUUCAAGUCUAGUAAUCACAAAGACACAGCGCCACCAGCGUUUCAGCAUCUGCAACAUUUGUACUCGGGCGAAUCUGACCCAGAUGCAUUUGGAAAAAUUCCCAGAUCCAAAAGUUCUACGAUCUGAAAGGGCUUUAUCAUUAAUCUUGCUCCAAAUGAAACCUUUUUUUUUUCUUCCUAAGAAUAAAUCAUAACACAGUUAGAGUCCAUUUUUUUUUCAGGUCCAGCAUGUAAGAUUAUACGCUGUACAUUCAACACAACGUAGCAUGGGUUCGAUCUUUGAAAGCACUAUCGCAAGUUUGAGCUUUUCUGCAGCAUAUUUUAGUUUAAAAAAAUUGAAAGUUGUAAGAGGACUGGCACAUGACAUUCUGUGAGGUCACCAUCAUUACAGCGCCACCUUACUCUCUUUGAUGAAAUGACGAGAACGUGCGAGCACCUGCCGACCUCACCAUGCACACCCGAAAGCCACAUGCUGCGCGAGAUGCUGGCGUUCCCGACCAGACAUUCAAGAGACUGUUAACGUUUUUUUUUUCCCAAAUGCUGCUUUCAAAAAACUAAUAUUUAUUGAUAAAAGAAAAAAAAAAAACUUUUUUAGCUAUUUGCAAGAUGUCUGAAAAGUGCCGACUGCCUUGUUUUUCUAAAAGUAAAAGAAAAAAAACAUGUUGCAUGCUAACGUAUGUUUUAGUUUUGCAUAGAUAACUUUAUUGGGAAAAAUGUACGGAAAAGUGUGCAAGUAGUUUUGGAUGCGGCGUAAAAAAUACAAAAUUUAAUUGGGACUUGUUCGACACAUUUUAAUGCAAAUUUGUGAGAAUGUAUGAAUUUGUACGAUUGUACGAAUUGGUGAUUUUGUAUCAAUUUGAUCAAUCUAACUUGUACAAAAACCUAGCAUUUUAAGUAAAAUUUCACCAUGAGAAUAUACUUCAAAGGAGGAUAAGCAGAUCUUACGAAUUAGAUAAAUUCACCAACUAAUUACCAACAUAUUUACAAAUUGUCAUAAGAGUGUGUUAAAAUCUUUUACCUUAUUGGCCAAAACACCAUGAUACACAGUGGAACAGGUCUGAUCGGGCAUGCCAAUGAUGAAUUUGUGGUCCAAGUGCUGGUCUUGGCAUCCAGCAGCCUUUCUGCCCCAAAAUCAGAGACGAAACUAAAACGAGUGAAACAAACAAUCAAAGAGAGGUGUUUUGUUUAUUUUUUUAUAGCCAGCUAACAAAACACAAAGACUGAGAUGUUUUUAUAGCAUGUGUGUAUGGGCUUGUACUUUCCCCCUUGAGUCUGUCCUCCUGGCAAUGAUUCAUUCACAGUUUGUGUACUCUCUAUCCCUCUUUCUCGCCCACCUCCCUUCCUUCCCCAUAUUUCUCCGUUUCUCUAUCCAGCCGAGAACAAAUGACCAGAAAAAAUUAAAUGUAAAAAUGACAACUAUGCGGAUGUCAACAUACAAACAAGCUGGGGACCCAAAUGUCGUACAUUUGCUCAACUUGGGUCCUUGGGUUGGUCCAAGAAGUUUGCAAACUCACUUUGAUACCACAACGGCUGUAAGUGAUGGGGAUGGUGGGAUUCCAAAGGGUCUUUAAAGCAGCAAUUUUCUGCAGUUAACCCAUACUGUCGGCUCUUGUACCGUUUGACCUGGAUGUAUCCGUCACCCUAUGCGCCUAUAGCAUGCCCAAGCAUGCCCAGUUCUUUUAUCUCUCUCUCUCUCUGUCUUCUUCUAUCAUUCAGUUCUUUACUUUUCCUGGGGGUCUGAUUCUUUUUGAGUUAUAUGGAGAAAAUAAUGAAAGUGUUUGAAAGUAA